AUGUAUCAAAUAAAAAAUUCGUUGCAAACCGAUAUCAAUAUCGAUGGUAUUUUUGAUGACAAACAUGUGAUCGACAAUGAAUUUCCUCCAGAAUUAGAUUAUACAGUGGAAACAAGUUUGGGACCAAUUGAUCGAUCAACCAAAAAGACGCCCAUCUCUGAUAAGCUACAGCUGACGGGACCCCUAACUGAAACAUUUACGGGAACUUUAUCCGAACCUCUUGUAAAAGCAGUGGUCGUAUUGAGAGGUAAUGGUAUAACUCAAGGUAUAAUACAUUUAUUGCAAUUGGGUUCGGGUCCGACUCACAUCUCGGGCACUAUUAUUGGUUUAACUCCAUUAUAUUCACAUGGAUUUCAUUUUCAUGAGAAGUCUGCAACUGCUGGCUGUGAAAGUGCUGGAGAACACUAUAACCCAACCCAUCAAUUACACGGCGGAUCCAAUGAUCCAAACGCUCACAUCGGAGAUCUGGGAAAUAUUAGGGCAGACCUUAAAGGCAUCAGUAAAGUCCAUAUUAUCGAUCAUAAAAUAUCAUUGAUUGGUAAAUAUAGUGUAAUUGGACGCUCUUUAGUAGUUCACAGAAAUACUGAUGAUUUGGGAAGUGGUCUCAACCGGGAAAGUAAAAAAUCGGGUAAUUCUGGUGGACGUCUAGCCUGUGGAACAGUUCGCUUCGUUCACUAUACUAAGGGAUAA